GACACGUGUCCUCAGUGCCGGUUCAUUCUUUAUCUAAUACUACAGUUGCAGGUGGGAGUUAAACUACACGUGUGUCAAUUUGUAAGCUAUAUUCACACAGUUUGGUAACAGGGUGCAUAACGAUAUAAAUAAUGAAUUUUGAUGGUAAAGUUGCCCUAGUGACUGGUGGAGCCGAUGGCAUUGGUAAAGCGUUAAGUGAUGUUUUUCUCAGCAAAAAUAUGAAGGGAGUGUGUUUGGUAGAUGUUAACGAAGACAAGGGUCAGGAAACUGCAAAAGCUUUUGAAGAAAAAUAUGGUGCUGGAAAGGCCAAGUUUUGUAAGUGCGACGUCACUUCAUCGGAACAGUUAGAAGCUGCAUUCAAGACAUGCGUGGAUACAUUCGGUCGACUUGAUGUCGCCUGCAACAAUGCCGGUAUACUAAAUGAAUACAAGUGGAAACUCAUGGUGUCCAUAAACCUGAAUGCUGUCAUAGAAGGCACCUACUUAGCAGUGAAGUACAUGGGAACAAAAAAUGGCGGCAAUGGGGGCGUCGUUGUGAAUACAUCAUCAGUGGUUGGAUUGGUACCGAGGCAGUACGCAGCUGUGUAUACUGCUAGCAAACAUGGAGUUGUCGGCUUCACCCGUAGCGCUGCGUUUGAGCCAGACGUGGUCGAUAAUGGCAUUCGCGUUGUUGCCAUCUGUCCAAUGGCAGUAGAGACUGAAUUCAUGGCAAUCGCUUACGAACAGGGAUCCAAAUAUACGGAAGUUUACAGAAACGAAAUGGAAGGCCGUGUUCCGCGUGUCAAGUUUGAGGAGCUUACUUCUGCUGUAGUGCAGCUGAUUGAAGACAAGGACGCAAACGGAUCUAUCAAUGUCAUUGUCCCCGGAAAGGGAUCCAAAUCAAUACCACCACCAAACCUGAACCUGUAGUCGUUAUGCGCACUAGUCGCUCGACAGAUUAGAUUCAAUAAUGACCAUUAAUUGACGACACACGACACGAUUGGGGAUAACCCUCUUCAGUACUAAACCAUGUAUUAUAUCAUCUAUUUUGCGAACAUUAUGUUAAGACAGAUAUAGAUAUGUGUGUAUAUGCAAUAUUAAUAAAUAAAUCGAAUUUUUCUUUUUGAAAAAA